AUGCUCCUUUGGCUACGUUUAUUCCGUAAACCGCUGCGCUAUGAAAACUGCCAUACUUAUUUAGGGAUUCCUACAAAGGUUAGAAAGAAUUUAAUCAACAAAAAAAUAUUUGUUUAGAUCGCCUCAACAGUAUUCAUGGUGAUUUCCGUUCUUUGUUACGCCUUCACUUUCGCUUUUCUUCCACUUUUUGCUUGUGAGUGGUUAUUUUUUUGAAUAUUUUUCGAAUAUCGAAACUUCAGACAUUCCUUUAUUGGUCGUUCUGGCUGCCAUCGCGGCCUGUAUCAUUUUUACAAUUGUAAAAAUGAACGCCAGUACUGCCAUGGCGGCCCGAAUUUUUGCGGUAAAAUCUUGGUUCAUUUUAAUUUUUCUUAGUAAUCCAUGUUUAGGGGCUUUGCCUAAUUCCUAAUUAUAUCGUUUGCGGUUUUCUCACCUACGCGAUUGCCAAUUAUGGCGAUAUUUCGGGCAGUGCCUACAUUCAAAGCUUGUACAAUAUGAGUAAGUGACGUAAUUUUUAUCAGGCGCUCUCGAUCGCAUUUUGGAUGACUCAGUGCGUUGCGGCAGUGUGUAGAAAAAUGAUAUAAAAAUCGAAAGAAAAUAAGAUUUUAUCGCCACAAGCGCAAGUCGUUUUGGGUCGGUCGCGUCUUCAAGCUGCUGCCAUUUCCGCAUUAAGGCUGAGAAAUUCUAUCAGAGGGCCAUAGUUGCAUGAGGAAUGAAUCAAAGCUUUGCGGUAUUCUUCUUCUUCUUCUUCCUACGCCUUUGUACCGCUUGAGCGGCGUCGGCGCCCCAAGUCGAUUAGCCGAGGUCCUAUCCUGAUAUCAGUGGACUGGCUCCAGUGACAUAUCCGUCCUUGUGUGUGACGGCUGGGGAUUUUGAAGUCGUGGUUUCCCACUACCAACAUUUCUUAAACCCCUUGGUUGGGUCGGGGCGGGGAUCGAACUUAUGACCCUGUGGACCGUAGGCAGGCACACAACCUGUUGCGCUACGGCGCGCCCCAAAGCUUUGCGGUAUUGUUCGGGAAAAAAUCUCAAAAAUAGCAGAAUUUUUGUGAAACUUUCGCGCGCAAGUCGUCUUGGGUCGGUCGCAUUUUUUAGGUUCUGCCAUUUUUGCACUAAGGUUCAUUAAUUUUUUAAUCAAAGUCGCCUAAAGUUAGUGUGUUUUUUAAGGUAAGGGUCUACUGGUGGCCGGUGAAAUCGUGGGCCUUUUGAACUCGAUUUUUGUUCUUCUAUUCAUUGGAGCAAUCAGACGACUAGCAGUCCUUUGUCUUCCGCCUCCUUCCAUCCAGUAAGAAAUUUAUCUCGUUUGGUGAAAAUGAAAAAAUUCUUUUCAGACCUCUAACGAUGCCAGUAGGAACCCAUGUCUACACGAUUCCUCAGCAACAACAGCCGCAGUAUCAAUAUUCGACGGCCACCGCGCCACCAGCUUAUUCCAAUCAGAGUUCUUUCGAUUAA